GUCACUAUAUUCCGGUAAUUCCACCAUAUCAGACUCCAUAACAGUCAACAUUCAGUAUCAUUCUGAUUUCUGCAUACAUUUCUUAGAUUAAUACACUCACAAUUCUUCACUCUUUUUCUAUGUAAAUCCCAGAUUAAUACACCCCCCAAUUCAUUAUGGUGGAAAAAAGGAAACCUUUAAUUCUUGCUUCCACUAAAACCCUCCUCAAUGCACUAUCUCAAAACCCCAAUAACAACAACAGUAACAGCCUACAAUCUGGUAAUUGUCAUGUUAAUACUCCCUUAUCUUCAUCCUCUGAUUCUUCUCCUUUAUUUGUUCAAGUACAAGCAGGAAUUCUUAAGUUUCCCAACAAUAAAAAUGAAAUUCCACCCCGAAUUUCUUCUCUUGAUCAUUCUUCCCUUAUUGGUCUCCCCGUUGCCAUCCUAAAACGCCUUGCCAUAACUUCUGGCACUCUGGUGCUCAUCAAGAAUCUUGAGACCAAUGUGCAAAGGAUCGGCCAGGUUGUAGUUCUAGAUCCCCCUAUUUCCCAAGAUGAGUUAGUGCCUGAUGAAGGGGCAGGCUCCUGUGCCGCUGAUACAAUGCUUGUUUUUCCAUCAUUAACUUUCUGCAAAAGCUACCUCUGCCCGUUGAGCCAAAAUCUUGCAUAUCUCUCUCCUCUCUUGGCAUUUAAUGUAGACCUACAUACUUCAUGCUUGACUUCUCUUCUUCGCCAUGGAAAUGAGUCUUUGGCAUCAAUUUUUGACGUUCAUGAUUAUGUAAAGAAAAGCGGAGGUUUGGAAGAUUGUGCUGUCAAUUUGAGGCUAGAGCCUUGGCCACAUGUGCCACGAUAUGCAUCACAUUUAAGAAUAUCUUUUGUGAAGAUACCUGAGUGUGGUACCAUUGAGUCUCUUAAAGGAAAAUCUUCCAUCGAAACUAUGGAUCGUCAAGAAAUGAUUGAUUUGGCGUUACAGGACUAUUUCAACAUUGAUAGAUAUCUGGCUAAAGAUGAUGUGUUUAGAAUUAAAAUUGACUGGAAUUGUAAUUCAGUUUUGUGUGUCAGUUGUAGCCUGAGAAAAAAGAAUGAUCAAGGUGAUAUUAUAUACUUUAAGGUUGUUGGCUUAGAUCCUCCAGAAGAACCUAUUCUUCGUGUUAAUCGUGAACAAACUGCCCUUGUUCUUGGUGGAAGUGCUGCUGCUGCUUUUCCUCCAGAUUUGUUGAUCUCUGAGCCUGUCGAUAUUGCUCCUUUGCAGAGGGAUACUAUCAAAUCCUUGGGAUCCAUUCUUACUCCACGUCUCUGUCCAUCAGUAUUUUCUUCAAAAUUCGGAGUUUCCAUCUUAUUGCAUGGUUUGGCAGGAUCUGGUAAGAGGACUGUAGUCAGAUAUGUUGCUCGUCGACUUGGUCUGCAUGUAGUGGAAUACAGCUGUAAUACUUUAAUGGAAGCAUCUGAAAACAAAUCAUCUUCACUACUUACUCAGGCCUUUAGUACGGCUCAUAGAUACUCUCCUGCCAUAUUGUUGUUGCGACAUUUUGAUGUCCUCCGUAAUUUGGCGUCAAGUGAGGGCUUGCAAUGUGAUCACACUGGUCUCGUUUCUGAGAUUGCAUCUGUCAUAAGGAAGUUCACACAGGCAGUUGUCAUGGCUGAAGAAAAUUCUUAUGAAGAAAAAUUGAAUGGUGUCCCUCAGCUGAAAAGUGUUGGAGCGAUAAGGCAGCCAUGGGUCUUGUUAGUUGCAGCAGCGGAGAGUACUGAAGGUCUACCACCUGCUAUUAGACGUUGUUUUAGCCACGAGCUGAAUCUAGCUCCUUUGACUGAAGAAGAAAGAGCUAAAAUGCUUACAAAAUCAUUGCAAAACGUUUCUGAAAUCUUAGAUGAUGCUGACUUGGAAUGUGUGGUGAAGGAUAUUGUUGCUCAGACAUCAGGAUUUACACCCAGGGAUUUACGUUCGCUAAUUGCUGACGCUGGGGCCAAUUUGAUUCCCAAGGAUCUUUAUCCAAAUGACCCCGUAAAGACAGUUGAUAAUGAUUCUCUCGUACACAAUCCUGUCCAAGCUAAAACUGUUGAAGAGGAUAUUAAGACCCCUAGAAAAGAAGAUUUAUUAAAAGCAUUGGAGCGUUCAAAGAAGAGGAAUGCAUCUGCAUUAGGUGCACCUAAGGUUCCAAAUGUUAUAUGGGAAGAUGUUGGCGGGCUUGAAGACGUAAAGAAAGCAAUUUUGGAUACUGUUCAGCUACCUCUCCUACACAAAGAGUUAUUUUCAUCGGGGUUGCGUAAACGUUCUGGGGUUCUUCUUUAUGGUCCUCCAGGCACAGGAAAGACACUAUUGGCAAAAGCAGUGGCAACAGAGUGCUCCCUGAACUUUCUCAGUGUAAAAGGACCGGAACUGAUCAAUAUGUACAUUGGAGAGUCAGAGAAAAAUGUACGAGACAUAUUUCAGAAGGCUAGAUCAGCACGUCCAUGUGUCAUAUUCUUCGAUGAACUUGAUUCACUUGCCCCAGCUCGAGGUGCUUCUGGUGAUUCUGGGGGCGUUAUGGACAGAGUAGUUUCUCAGAUGCUUGCUGAGAUUGAUGGUCUCAGUGAUUCUACUCAGGAUUUGUUCGUAAUUGGCGCAAGCAAUCGCCCAGAUCUGAUUGAUCCAGCACUCCUGCGGCCCGGAAGAUUCGACAAGCUUCUAUAUGUUGGGGUUAAUGCAGAUCCAUCUUAUAGAGAGCGAGUCCUUAAAGCUCUCACUCGGAAGUUUCAAUUGCACGAAGAUGUAUCUCUUUAUGCAAUUGCAAAACGGUGCCCUCCAAAUUUUUCUGGUGCAGAUAUGUAUGCUUUGUGUGCAGAUGCUUGGUUUCAAGCUGCAAAACGGCAGGUCUCGAGCUCUGCAUCAGAUUCAUCCAGCAAUGACAAUCCUGAGGACGCUGUUGUUGUGGAAUACGAAGAUUUCAUCAAGGUCUUAGGCGAGUUAGCCCCAUCUCUCUCUUUAGCAGAACUUAGGAAAUAUGAGACGUUGCGGGAUCAGUUUGGAGGAGGUUCAAAUUGACACCUGCAGAAUUGUAGCUUCUUUUUUUCUCAUUUCUAUUCCUUCCCCCAUUUCAAAUGUUGUAAAUGGUUGUUAAUGAUUAUAAUUAGACGGCUGCCAACAAAUGAAUAUCACACCAAAACAGAUUACUACAUGUAUUUUUGUCAACUUAUACGUAUUUUGUCUGUCAAACAAAACUAACAGCUU